AUGGUAUCGCUCAGGAAUAUAUUUGUCGGCGCCUCCUGCAUCGUAGGACUGGCGUCGGCCAAAUAUUCGAACACAAGUUCCUCUACGGUACCCAGUGUGCCUAAGACAACCCCAACUGCAUUUUUUUCUAGUGUCCACUUGGUGGACUCCUACACUGGGACGAACUCCUCCAACGACAAGGACCACUGGUUUCUUGUGAAAGCAGAGGUGUAUAUCUCCGCUGACUACAAUAGCGAGUUGUACAUGACUGUGCCCGAUGACUUUCAAGAUGUCCCACAAGAUUCUUUUGAUUUGUUACAGGGUUCGAAUGUUGUGGGAACUGUUGAACACAACUCUUCAAAUGUACUUGCAAUUAAACCCAAAGUCUCCGAAGAUGACCGCACUGCAACGUUUAAUUUCUUAACCAGACUGUCAGGCAGUGCUAAGGACUCCAUUACGAGUCCCACAACUGUCGACUACAUUUUCAAUGUUUCUUCUGGCCCCAGCAUUGUUGAAACUAUUGAUUUCGUUGCCACGAAUCUAUCGGCUUCGCAAACCAACGCUCGUGUGGAGAAUGACAACAGUGUGACAUACACGCUCGACAUACCACUGAGCGAGUAUCCAGGAUCUUUUAAUUUGGCUGCCUCCUUCAUAAGUGGUAACUUCACAUUUGACACAUCGAAAACACGCGUAGAGGCUGUUCUCGACAUUGACGAUUUUAACCAACCUAUAAAAGCAAUUAACUUAACUGCAUUUACGGACAACUCUGAUGAAUCUAUUAUAAAUUUGAGUAUGGGAUCGCAGCUGAGUGGAGGAAAGUUCAUUCGCAUCACCUACGCCACGAUGCCUGUGUCAGGGUUUGCAAUAGUCGACACUGUGAGCAUUCUAAACUACCCUUCUCUGUCUAACUACAAGAGGGAUGUUUCUAUAGUGUUCGAAGAUUAUGUGCCUGUGAGUUCAGCAGCUAAUAUUCAAGACUAUGGAGAGCAAAUUUCCGUGGUCAGUACUUCUAGUUUCUCUAAGGCCUCUCCUACUGCUACUGCGGGAAACUCAACUUCUGCGAGAUCGACGUCGCUCUAUAGUGUAACGUUAUCACAAUCCACUAACACUCAGCGCGGCAAUGCCAGCCUCAGCACAAGUGGCGCUUCUUUUACUGCUACAAAUGUCACUUUGGCGAGUACCUCAACUUCGGUGCCCACUAACGUGAGCAAAACCAUCACUAGUGCAUUAAGCAUCGCAACUGGCUCAGUUCAUAUUAAUAACACUAGUGGACAUGCGCUCACAACCACCAAUGCAACUACUACCAGCAUACCGGGAAGCGUUUCCAUCUUUACUUCAAGCGAUUCUUCCAUUCUUGCCAACAAAACUGCCGCUAGCUCUGCAAUUUCCACCCACAACUCAAGUAUAACAACGACAACCCUCAUUACAAAUUCAACUUCUGCACUUUCUAAGAAUAGUUCAAUGCCUUCGCAGGAUGACUCAGUGAAAUACACAUACACGGUAAUCACACAGACGAGCAAUGGCGAAUUUUUGGUAUACACGAGUUUCUAUCCCGUCGCAACUUUAUCCCCAAGUGCCACAGCAAGAGUUUCUUCGACCUCUGAAAGCAUAUACGUCAUCAAUGCAACUCUAUCCUAUACAAGAGGUUAUAACUCUACUGGACUCUCAACCAAUGCUUUUGCCACGAACUCGCUCUCAACAGCAACCAAAAGUGGUGAGUUUUAUGAGUACACUUCUCUUGUUCCGGUAGCUACCUUGAGCCAGGAUAUUAAGAGCUCUGUGAUUCACACAGGAGGUGUUUCGAGCCGGUUGUCGAGUGGAUUUUCUACUCGUACGAAGGAGAUCCCCAGCGCUUCAACAAGCAGAUUUACAAGCACGAGCAGUGUUUCAAAAAAGUCCUCAAGGGGCUCUUUAACACACACGAAGGAUGCUUCGAGCAAGUCGUCUAGCAGAAUUCCUACGAGCACGAAGGGGUUUUCAAGUAAGGCAUCUCAUGGUUCUUCUGAGAAGGACCGCGUGUCAACUGAAUAUCGCACUGAAAGGUACCUCACAAACUCAGUUUACACAGCCACGAGCAACGGCAGGGUCGUAGAAUACACGAGCUGGUACCCAGUUACAUCAGUGUCUCCUGAAAAAGUUACAAUAAAGGAUGACUCUGCAUGGGCCUACACUCUAUCGACAGAAGGAGGAACCCUGAUAUCAAGUACCGCAACAUACACAAUUGGGGGGCAAGUCAGUGUCAUCACUACACUAGUGCCUGUUAAUACGGAGACUUCAAAAAAAGCUAGCUCGAGGCCGGGCGCUUCACCCACUAAAAAGUCCUCAGUCGAGAGCAGCACCACCAAACACUACCUUACCACAAGCACAAGUUGUGGUUCAAAAGCUUGCAAAACUUUCACUACUUAUGUGGACAGCGCUGAGCACACACAGCAAUACUCCACUCAAGUUGGCGUAUCAGCAAAUAUCGGCCAGUCUGCGCUCGGCCCUGACGUGACGAGUUACAACUCCUUACUAGGCAGCUCCACAUUGCCAGCUUCAAGUACUAGCAAAGGCAACACGGCUGUUUCAUUUUCUGGCACAAACACCAAAGUUUCGACUAAUAUAGUCGCUUCUUCUAAUGGACCAGUUGUGACAACUUAUGAAUCUUUGGUCGGUGGCUCCGCAGGGGCAAAAUCAUCGAAAACUACAAUUAAGAGUACCAAGACUGGUGCUAUGUCCACAGCGACAACGGAAGCGUCUUUCAGCACCAGUGGUGCUGACCUGUCAGCACAGGCCUUCACAUCCAGUGUGAGAGUUGCCACGAGCUACUCUCAGUCCACUGGUGUUGAAGCUCUUUCGACUGGCGAAGUCUUCAUUGGCCAAUCAACCCUUUCAGAGAAGAUUGCGAGUACUGGUUUCCAGACGCAAACUGUUUCUGGUUACUUUUCAAGCUCAGUUGAGGUUUCGACCUAUGACGGGGCUGCCGCCAAAAUAGAAGGACGCCUUGUGGGUAUGAUUAUUGGCCUGUCGGCACUUUUUUUGUAG